GGUGGUGACAUACGUAUGACUGCCAUGGAUGUAUGUUUUUAAGCCAUAUUGAGGCCUAAAACUCCUUACAAGUUGCCUUAACUACAGGAGAGCAAACCACACAAGCGAAGUGAUGUAACAGGACCCACCCUAGGGCACUUAUUUAUUAGGCUCUCACAAAACCUGGAUCAAUUUUGCGAGUUUUAUUUGACUUUUUCAUAUUGUGUAGCCAAAUGCAACCAAUUUUGAAAGCAAACUUGUAUUUUGCUAAACAGGUUUUCCAGGUAACUUUUCAUCCACUGCCCUGUGCCGCCUUGCCAGAUCAUCUUUCCCCAGGCCCCGGGUGUACUCUUGGGAUGCAGUGCCUGGAGGAGGACCUGACAUGCUCCGUAUGCUACUCUCUGUUCACGGACCCCAGAGUCUUGCCUUGCUCGCACACCUUCUGCAAAACCUGCUUGGACAGCUUGCUCCAGGUGUCCCUUAGCUACAACAUCUGGCGCCCACUUCGCCUGCCUCUCAAAUGCCCCAACUGUCGUAAUGUGGCGGAGCUGCCCCCUACAGGCACAGAAGCUCUGCCCUGCAACGUGUCACUGAAGGCAAUCAUUGAGAAAUACCAGAAAGAUGGCCAUCCUAGCGGGACGUUUUGCGAGGAUCAUCAACAACAGCCACUGAACAUGUAUUGUGUUCAAGACCGGCGGCUCAUCUGUGGUUUAUGUCUGACUAUUGGACAGCACCAGGGACACCCCAUAGACGACCUGCAGGCUGCAUAUAUCAGAGAGAAGCAGACCCCGCAACAGCUGGCUAAACUGUCUGAGCAAAAAUGGACACAGGUUUGUGAACUUGGGAAGCAACUGGAGCAGGAAAAGGAGCGUUGCGACGGUGUUUUACGGCAGGAUAGACAGGAGGUUCUUCAGUUCUUUCAAUCCUUGGAGGAAACAUUGGUCAAGAAGAAGCGGGCAUAUCUAGUUGCUCUUGAUAAAGCCUGCUCAGAAGUGGCUCAUGCUUAUGAUCCACUGAUCUACAGAGUGAAGGAGCUGCAGGAGGAGCAGCUGGAUCUGGUGUCCUUGGGCUCUGCUGUGGAGGAUGAGGAUUCAGCACUGGUUUUCUUGGACAAAGUACACUUAUUCAGGGAGCGAGUGGAGGAGUUCAUCCAAACACCAUUGCCCUCUAUGUUGAGCCUCUCCGUGAGUCCUCGAGCCGCAGACUACCUGCACACGCACUGGCCCACUGUCACCAUCUCCAGCUUGGAUCAGGCCCCUGUUCCUAAAGUGUCGUGUUGUACAAGAUGUUGUUCACAGGCACUUCGUGAUCACUCUGCCUCAUGGUCCCAGCUGCUUUGCCCUGGGCCCCUGAUGGCAUUUAUGCUGCUUCUAGGACUACUUAUGGCUGUGUGGGGAUAUACUGAAGGUGCAACAUCAUGUGGCUUCUCUCAACUGUCCAACAUCAGUGAGGUGGUCCACAGUAUCAGCAAUGAACUCAUCGCCUCAGUCAGGAGUUCAGCAGAGUUACUCGUCACCUGUAUACACAGGUCUCACCUUGUCUCAAUUGGAGAACAGGUUUUCCAUAAGCUCGGUGAAUUUUUUAAGUUAACAUAUUGGUAUGAAUAAAAUCCAGCUCAUUCAACAUUAGCAAUUAUGUUUCGUUUCCAACAGUAUUUUGAUUUGUUACAUAUUUAUACUUACAACAGCACAGCUAAGGGACUUGUAUAUGGUAUCUAACUGGACAUCAAAUACUGUUGAAUAAUCUAAGAAACAGGAAUCCAUUCAGUUGUUUGUUGCUAAAUUAAGUGCAUCAGCAUCCUAAUGUUUUUUUAAGAAAGUAAAGCUGAACAGUUAAUUUUCACUUUAUUCAAAUAGAUCCUUUACAUAAGUC